AUGCUACUCAAGAGCCUAUUUUCCGUCAUCACCGCCGCUACGGCUCUUCUUCCAACCGCCCACGCCGGAACAAGCCACGGAGCCCUAAAGACCUGCCAUUAUAAGAUUCUAAGGCUAAACCACCACAAGUGGGAGGAUCGCGGCGAAGGUUCAGCCUCGCCCGGCUCAACGCAAACAAUCGAGGGAACCGAGGUUAAAUUUAGCAAAGACUGCUUGCCGAGUCAUAAAAACCGGGGUUUGUAUAUAGAGAUGAAGACACCCAGCUUCCAGCCGGCAUAG